UUAAGAUCCAAAAUGGGGAUUAGACCGGAUUAGGUAAUGAAAUAUUUUGGCACAAAUAUUUACAGGGGAGACAGGCAGCACUUGACCUGUUUUGACCUGAGCACAGGUCACUUGUAUCAGGUAACUAAACAAAGGUUCGGUUAGAUAUAUAAAAACCGGUGUUAGGGGAGGGAGGAUAUCACUCGGCGACGAGAAGUCACGGAGAAAGGAACUCCUUACUUUCACCCAGCUUAAAUCCAUUCUGUUAAACGAACCAUGGAACACGAGAAAUUCCUGAAGCCCACCGUCACUUAUCAUCUGUUCCUGUACCGUGUCGAAUUGGCCCGGCGGAAUGCCCGGCAGCUGCGGCUUUCCCGCACCAAGAUCGAGAUCACGGACGAGCUCAUCUCCAAUACGGUGCGCAACCUGAAGACGUGCAGCAUGGACGACCUGAAGGCGGUCAACCGGGAGCUUCUGUUCAAGCGGAAACUGCGGAGCAACGUGUCCAAGCUGAGAAAGGAGGCCAAACGGCAGCAGAAGAGCGAGGAGAAGACACCAAAACAGGAUUAGUGGCGAAUCAAUCAGACCGCUUUGAUUAAUUGUAUGUAGCUUGUGUAAAUAAAUACUAUUGAUAAG